CACACACACACACACACACACACACAAACACACACACACACACACACACACACACACACACAAUAUUGUGGAUUAAAGGCAACAACGAUUAACAUUUCCAAUUAAUUAAAACUUGCCAGACGGUUUACUUGACAUUCUGGUUGGCCAGGACCCAUGGAAUUUCAUAUUUAGAGUCCAGGGCUGAAUGCCAAGCUCGGUUGCCAGAUACUGCAAAGACACACGCACAUACACACACACUCGGGACUUUGGAACACAGGUCUGUAGCAUUACGACAGACACUAAAGAUGAAGCAAAAUCACAGAUGAAACAGCAAACACCUAUAACUCGGCUUUUGACAGACGACCAAGACAUCGUUGCACAUUUCAGCUGCUGCGCUAGGAACUUUCCUGUAUGCUCAAACGAUCACAGGGCGUACUCGACAACAAGCUAAGGAGAAUGUAUUUAGUAGAAUUGUAUUUGCGACGGAGAGGUGAGCUUGAAGAAUAAGCAAGGAAUUGUUUCUAGGUUUUUGUUUGGACUAGUAUUACCUUUGUAUUGAACUCUAAAAUUAAGAUUUGAUUUUACCAACACGAAUCAUUGGACUGCAUGAAUUAUGUGUAUGGAUUUGGAUUUGUUUCAUGGAUUUGUAAAUAGCAAUGGCGCAGCAGUAGCAGUAAAUGCAUGUUUACAAGCAUUUGAUUUUUUUCUCAACUUUUAUUGACUGGUCUACUGGCUGCGCCUUUUUAAGCGUCACAUGCGAUUUAAUACUAUAUGCAUUUGCAUUCGAUUUAAUUUCAUUUCCAUGUAAUUUUAAUAAAACAAUAAAUUGGGACAUUUAAAAUUAUGGAUAUUCAGAUUGGAUUAGCAGGACUUCGUGACUCCCCGAACAAUCAUUUUUGUGGUACUUUCGAAAACGUUUUCCAUGGCGUGCGAACUCCGUUCCAAAACUGCCAAAUCUUCGACUCGAAGUACGGAUGGGAGAUGCGCCAAACUAGCAACCAUUUAGGUCCAUACUUCGAGUCGUCGCUUAUUUCUGGGAGUCCAGUGGGUGAGUUCCAGCGUGCUACCUUUGCCAGACAGCUCAUUGCUCCAGACAGGUCUCGCAACUUUAUGAAGAGAAUAAUGAGCAGCGGCAGCGAAUUCUCUGCAGCAGGAGCGGUGGAGGAGGGUGUUUGCGCCUCAUUCUUCUCUCCCUUGCCCCACUGCAGCCUGGACCAGCAAGCUCCAGUAUCCUUUCCACCACAAAAUGACAGAGAGUAUAAUGACAGCGACGCCUGCUUGCGAAUGCUAAGCAGGGGCACCGAUUCAUCCAGCACCACCAUCUCUGAAACUGCCAGGGAGCUCUGCAAGGCAGUCUCGGUAUCGCUGGGUUUAAACAUUGAAUCAAACGAGAUGAAUGACUUGAGAUUAGACCAUGGCUCAUCUCUCAGUAGUGAUCGAAGUCAAGGAGACUGCAUGUUCCAAGUGCCUUUACCAGGGUGCUCGGCCCCUGGAACAAGUGCCCUGUUAUCAGAGUGCAAACGAUCCAGUGCACAUGAUGGCAGAUCAGUGCAAAAUGAUAAGGAUGGUGGAAUGUUUAAUGGACCCCUCGCGAAUGAAAGUACGAAUGGGGUGACCCCACUCCAACACCACAGCAUUGGGCAUUGUGAAGGGGGCGAGAUGGUCGCAGAAGUCAAACAGAAGGAUGCCCCUGCGAAUUUUAAAAUCACGGGUUGCGAAGACUCUGAAGAUCGUGUAAAUAUGGAUGGAGAUCACUCAGCCCCCUGUCAGGCUGUCCAAUCGGCGCCAUCAAACAUGGCAAACUGUGUGCAGAAUCAAAACUGGCCAGGGAACAUGCCGCACAAAAACGCACCUCUUCUGGGUCAAUUAGAAACAAUGACCGAGGGUACAGGUGGCGAGUACCCUACACAUUUCAGCCUGACCCCCAGCGUUAGGAUAAAGACUGAAAAACAGAACAACGAAUGGGGUGCCCAGUGUAGGUACAAAGACAAUGACCGUGUAGCUUACGGGUCUUCAGCGCCUGCGACCCUUUCACAGGACACAGGGCGAUGCGGGCUGUUUGUCUGCAGUCCAUUGGAAAACUGGAGGAGCAACGAUCUGUGUGCACAAGAUGGAGUGGCAACAGAACCGUGGUACCCCGGUGGAAUGGUGGGGAGAAUGCCAUAUAACAAAUUACCUUGUUUGAAAACCGACAGGAAUGACUGGACUCCUGUACCCUACGGUGACCCACGGUGGGAGGGGGGCAGAGACACUCUUUUCCCAAUGGAGUAUUUCUUCCCGCCCCAGAGGACCUGUCUGAUUUGUAGUGACGAAGCGUCGGGGUGUCACUAUGGAGCGCUCACCUGCGGCAGCUGCAAGGUGUUCUUCAAGAGAGCGGCUGAAGGAAAACAGAAGUACCUGUGUGCCAGCCGAAAUGACUGCACCAUUGAUAAGCUCAGGAGAAAGAACUGCCCAUCCUGUCGCCUCCAGAAGUGCUUCGAGGUUGGAAUGACUCUUGGAGCUCGAAAGCUGAAGAAGAUGAAAGGAGCAGAAGAUAUUGGCAAUCAACCCCAGAACAAUGCAAUGCAGAAUGCAGCAAUGCAACAGAUUGACAUUGCGAGAAUGGAGGUGUUCCAGAACCAGCCGGUUUUCCUUAAUGUCUUGGAGGCUAUUGAACCAGACACGGUGUUCGCAGGUCACGAUAACGGACUGCCUGAUUCCUCUGCAAACCUGCUGACCAGCUUGAAUGAACUGGGGGAGAGGCAGAUGGUGCUCAUGGUGAAGUGGGCGAAAGGACUGCCAGGUUUUCAAAAUUUGCAUGUGGAAGACCAAAUGAAAAUUAUUCAGUAUUCGUGGAUGGGGACCAUGGUGUUUGCUAUGGCAUGGAGGUCCUUUAAGAACGUCAAUUCCACCAUGCUGUACUUUGCUCCAGACCUUGUAUUCAACGAGUUGCGAAUGCACAGAUCCAAGAUGUUUGAGCACUGCAUAGCAAUGCAACACAUUGCUCAGGAGUUCCUUUGCCUUCAGAUCACCCAGGAAGAGUUCUUGUGCAUGAAAGCGCUGCUCUUCUUCAGCAUCAUUCCAGUGGAAGGCCUGAAAACGCAGAAGUAUUUCGAUGAGCUGCGGCUGAAGUACAUCCAGGAAUUGUACCACAACUGUGGAAUGAACACCCCCCUGUACGGUACUCAGCGGUACCACCAGCUCACCAAACUCCUGGAUUCUCUUCAGCCGAUUGUGAGGAAGCUACACCAGUUUACAUUGGACAUGUACGUCCAGACUCAGGGGCAUGCAAGCAGCAUCCAGUACCCUGAGAUGAUGACCGAGAUCAUCUCUGUGCAGGUGCCAAAGAUCCUCGCCGGCAUGGCGAAGCCAAUCCUGUUUCACAAGCAGUGACGUUCUUCUCUACCCUCAAUCUGACACGUGUCACGUGCUGCCCAUCCUCUGUACAUUUCAGCCAUCUUCACUCACAUUUAGUCAACAGGCAGGGGGCCAGCAGUGUCUCCAGCAUUGUCUCCAGCAGUGUCUCCAGCAUUGUCUCCAGCGUUGUCACCAGCAUAUUCUCCAGCAUUGUCUCCAGCAGUGUCUCCAGCAUUGUCUCCAGCGUUGUCUCCAGCGUUGUCUCCAGCAUGUGCUCCUAGACCAUUUUUUCCUCGAGACUUUUUUUUUCAUUGUGAUGCUUUUCAUUGAGCCUCCUUUAAAAAAAAAAAGGAAUACAACACAUUUAUUGUAUAUAGUGGUGUGUAAUCAUGAGAAAAGCUGUUUACAAGAUCCAUUACAUGUCAGAUUAAAAAAACAAAAAAGAAGUCUGAUAAAUAUUAUUAUCCCUAUCUUGUAAACAGUACAAUGCUACCUGUCUGUAAAAAAAAAGAUGCAACUUCACAAACUGCUUUAAAAUAGUUCAUUUCUACUCCUCAUCCAAUACGCUCCGCACAUUUGAAUUCUAUUAGUAGAGUUUAAUUCAAAGCUAUCCAAGGAAGCGGUUUGGGGGUUAGUGCUACGAGAAAGAGAAGGCAGGACCAAACAGCACACGUCCCAACGAUGGCAUGGAUGUUCAUUAUCCCUGACGCUGUGGGCAUGCUCUUUGAGUUAUUACCAAACACAUCACAAGCAGAUGACUCAAGAGAACCAAAAUAACUGCUGCCUGGAAUUAUAUGAUCCUAGAACUGAUGUCUUUAAACACGUUAAGUAAAGUAGUCUGUUUGUUUUUCCUACUUUUGCUUAACUCAUUUGACUGUAUUAUUAGAUAUAAUUAGCACAUCUGCAGUGAAUCGUAUACACUGUUACAAUGCUUCUAAUACAUUAUCCUUAUGAUGAACGAUAUUCAUAGAAUAUACAGUGCCAGCACUUCUUGACAAUGACAUACAACUUUGUCCUAUAACAACACCAGAUGUCUUGUAAGAAUAUGUUUCUAUUGCAGAUGAAGUCCAGUACUAGUGCUUUCGUUUAGUUUUAAUUUCUGGGUUAAGUGUGCAGUAAUUAUCAACAAAAGUGUAGCAUAGCAACGAAACCUAAUGUUGCUGCUUGUAAAAUAUUCCCUAUUCAUAAAACACUAACUGGUAUCUGAUCAAGAUCCAGUAUUGCCUUGAGUGAGUUUUAAGCCAAAAUAAAUCUAGCAGUGAGAAUGACUUGUUAGCAUAUACCAUGAGUCAGCAUACAGCACAAUACAGACACUGUGUUUGCAGAUGCUUGCACGUCUGUGGAGCAAACUGUAUGAUAAUAUCAGUGUAGUGCUUGCAGCAGGCUUGCUUUGAAUUCAGAACUAUAUCACAUGGAAUGCAGUCUUUGCUUCAGCAGCAAUAACUGGUUUCCUUGUAAUGGGUGAUAAUGAAAUUAUUCAAUUAUUUCAACACGUUGUAAUUUAAAAGCACCACCCACUGUUUUCUAUAGACGGAAUGGUUCUUUUACCAAAUGGCAACAGUUUACAUAUGAUAAUAGAAACUUAGCUGUUUUUAAACCAGAUACACUUUUUAACGCCUGGAUAAACACUUUCCUACGCUAUUUGCUACCUAGUAUUUUGUGUUGUUGUUGUGGUUUUUUUUUUAUAUGAAACUUUGUUAUACUUUGUAAAUGGCUGUUAAAAAAAAAAGUUAGGGGAAAAAAAAGAUUUCCUUCUGAAGGUUAUUAAGUUGUGAUAGAAAAUGAAGUUACGGAAGUGUAGUCAAUUCAUUUAAAUGACUUCAGGUCUCCAUACAGAACCAUUGUUGAUUACAGUAUUACAAUCUGAACCUCUACUAAGGUUUUACAUGCCUUCAUAGAGCAAUGGCACCGGACUCCUAAAACAUUUACCACCAUGCUGCUGAGUUGCUGAUUUAACAAAUCUUUAAAUAAAGAACUCAGUCGGUUUAUUUUCAGGGCAGACUAAGCAGUCUGGUAAAUGCUUUGGGAAUUUGGCCCUGAAGAUUCUCACAUGCACACAGGCACUGUUUGAGAAGCUUUUAUUACCUUCGUUGUUUUAGAUGUGCAACUCUUUGAAUCAGUUGGAUAGACCUCACUUGUUUUGUAACUCUGCCAAACGUCUUAACAAUAAGUGAGCUGCACGAUGUGGAGGCAAGAUUGCUUGCUGGAAGUCAGCCUUUGGGUAUAGGAGUUAUUUGUAUAUGUUGUAUUGUACUUUGUGUUUCAAUUGCACCAGGGUCUUCAGAAAUAGGAUUCCCUGUAAAAAGAUACGAUCAUGACAUUUUUAUGCUGUUAAUGAUUAUUUCAAGGGUGAAAUGUGCUAGUUUGGAAUACAUUAGGAGACUGAUCAUAAGGUUAAUCUCAGAACAAGGGAAAUUAAUUGCCAUUUAGAGAAGAUGGCUGUAGGUUACCAGCUCAAUGUAGCUGUAGACCCAACAGCCAGAUAAAACAUUUUGAUUGAAAUUUCUUUCUGUUGGUAUUCGAAGAUUUUUACUCAAAAUCUGCUUUGAUAGUGAUGUAUAUAAUUAGUAUUGCAGAUUUCUGUGCUGCGUUCAAUUUUUUAAACAUAUUUCUCAUUCUACAAUUUUACAUUAGAGUCAUUUUUUGUAAACAGAAACCCCUUUCAAACGUGGAAACUAGCUACCUAAUUCUGCAUCGUUUUACUACCUUAUGUUACAAAUUGUUUUUGCAAAUAUCUUACUUUUACUGUACAUUUUUUUUGUGUGUGUGUUCAUGGGUACUAUCAUGAAAUAUUGUGUGUACUCUGUAGAUGAUUUUCAGGUGCUUAACACCCCAUUUAGAAACUGUAAUCAGACUGUAUCCUCAUUCAGGGAUUAUGGGUUGAUAGUGUGCGUACUGUACAUUCAAGUCCAGGUAUGUUUUUAGUUCUUCCCAUUCUAUUUGUUUUGAUUAAAAGCUGUCAGAACGCUGCCUGACAAUGCGACUUACUGUGGGGAAGUCAACCAGGAGCCAGGGAUACUUUUGAUUUUAAUCUUAAAACAAUUUGGUACAGGAGAGUAUCUUUCCAGAUGUCAGUGGUCAGUGCAAAUCCCUCACAUUAUUGAAUGAAAGGAUAGACCACCGUCUGGCAAAUAUGGAGCCAUCCCUCACAGGGGGUGAGGGUGAGCCUGGAAACUCGUAUGUAGCAGUGCCUUGAUCUUACAAUACAUUCUUACAUGGUGAAGAACAUACAGGUCUAAAUCAUGCCAUAUGCUAAGCUCAGACUUGAAUGUACAGCCCUGUUCUAGGGGGUGUAGUUUAAAGGUGCAGCAUCCCAUGCAGCUCAGCCAGUGAUUCAUGUCGGGUUGUCGGUGUAACAAGAACACCCUUUUGAAAUUUCUGUUUGACUUUACUGAGCUUGUGUCCCUACAGAUACAACUUUUGGGGAUGUAGAGAAACUGUAAACAGGGUCUCAGGUAGAGUGCACAGGCUAGUCUAGUGAUAAAGAAACAGUGAGCGUGGGACAUUGCCCCUUUAAAUACAUUUGUGUAGUUUUAAUUAUUAUUAUUAUUAUUAUGAUGAUGAUUGCUAGUAUUGUUAUUAUUAUUAUUAUUAUUAUUAUUAUUAUGAUUGCUAGUAUUGUUAUUGUUGUUAACUAUUAAGCAGCACCUAUUUGGGAUAGGUCAUGGCUCUCAGUGGUUUGAUUUCAGUCCAGGUAGGCUAUGGGUAGAGGGCUGUAUACAAGUACAAGUAGGCACAGGUUCAGGUAGAAGUACAAGCAUGUUGCUUUUGUUAUUGUUGUGGCUGCUCUGUGGGACACCCAACACCUUUCUGGAGCACAAAACAACAACAGCUAAACCCUAUGAAGGCUAUAUAAGGUACAUUAGUACAUUAGUUUUGUACCAUGUUGUCGCACUCACAGCUGAACAAGCUUGGCUUUUCUCCCUUGUUUUACUUGAUUGGUUGCACUUUGAGCUUGCAUGUAUAAUAAGCGUCCAGCCCAAAUUGUUCUGUUUUCCUGUCAUUAAUAGUAACAUUAAACGGAUACUAACAUAACUAGAGUAUUCUUCUUUUGUUAAUUGCUGUUGCUUCUGUAUUCCCGAUACUACGUAAUAUUUUUAAAGGUUCAGCGUUUCCUUCUCACUUGACUCUACAGGGCCCCCUGGUGCUAGAAACAGAAACGCGUUGACAGGGGUACCCAGACAUAUGUUGCCCACUCCUCAUGUUCAGACAGAAACCAGCUAUGCUGUACUUUGUGUUUCAAUUGCACCAGGGUCUUCAGAAAUAGGAUUCCCUGUAAAAAGGUACAAGCAUGAUAUUUUCAUGUUGUAAAGUUAAUUAUUUCAAAGCCAUUGUUACUCAAGGGAGAAAUGCUAGAAAUGCUUGUGUCUGUUCAGUGCAAGACCCCAUGUCAUACUAUGAGGUUGCAUUCAUCUAUAGAAUCUGGUACAUUAACAGACUGCGGCACGUUUGUCCGUGUGGCUCGAGGUACUGUAGUGCCAAAAAAAAAAAAAAAUGCUGUUUUUUUUUCAGGGAGACGGGAGAAAUAGAAACCGAAAAUCAAUAAAUCGUAGAAGACAAGAUGUUGGCUUUCUGAAACUUUAAAUUAACUUUGAAAAUGGCUGUUAACAACAGAGAUUCUGUACUUAUUAUUUUUGUAUUAUUUCCGAAUUCUCUGAUCUCAAUAAAGCAAGAUUUCUUUUUCA